UACUAUACAGCACAUGAGCACGCUCUGUUUGUAGCUCUGCUUCCCCACCCUCUUCCCCUCUCACUCUCCCUCUCUCUUACAUUAGAGCUUCCCAUCUUUCGCUUGCAUCGCACUCGCUUUGACAGUGUUAAAUGAAGGCGCUCAUCAUGGCAGUUUUGGCGCACCUGUACCCAGCUGUGUUUUUCGCUUGCGCGUGGAUGUCACUGUUCGGACCGAUUUCAUGUCACACCGGCGUUAUAAACCAGAGAAACGCACGGGACCGAGAGCUUGACAGCCGCGGUGGGCAUGUCAUUGGCAGAGAUGAAACGCUUAUCUCAGCGCACAGCCGCGGAGAUUACAGCGGGGACCCGGGCGGACCGGCCACGGGAGUUCCCCGAGUCCGGAGGGCAUCGACUCCGGAGAAAGUGUCUCUACUCAGCAGCUCUUUCGUCCUUAAAGGGGAUGCCACCCACAACCAGGCAAUGGUCCACUGGACGGGUGAAAAUAGCAGCGUCAUCCUCAUUCUCACUAAAUAUUACCAUGCAGACUCCAACAAAGUUCUUGAGAGUUCCCUUUGGAGAUCCAGUGAUUAUGGGUCAACCUACACCAAGCUCAACCUGAUGCCUGGGACAACCAUCAUAGUCACAAACUUCUGCAUCUGUCCCACCAAUAAGAAAAAGGUGAUCUUGGUGAGCUCCAGCAUCAAUGAACGUGACCAGAUGCUCUUCAUCAGCACUGAUGAGGGUUCAUCCUUCCAACGGCAGCCUGUCUCCUUCACCGUGGAUACACUCCUCUUCCAUCCAUCUGAGGAAGACAAACUUUUGGCUUACAGCAAGGAGGCGAAGCUGUAUAUCUCCACCGAUCUGGGUCACAAAUGGACUCUGCUGCAGGAGCGUGUUACUAAAGACAGAGUUUUCUGGGCCGUGACGGGGGUGGACGUGGAUCCUGAUUUGGUUCAUAUGGAGAUUCAAGACAUCGGUGGUGGUUACCUUUAUGUAACAUGUCUCAUACAAAAUUGCUCUGAUAAAAUGGUGACAGCACAGUUCUUGGGAAAGAUUGACCACAAUUCCCUCUCAGUGCAAGAUGAAUACAUAUUUGUGAAGGUAACUACAGGAAAUCGAACCAAGUAUUACGUCUCAUACCGAAGGAAUGAAUUUGUUCAGAUGAGAUUACCUAAAUAUGACCUUCCAAAGGAUGUGCAAAUUGUGAGUACAGACGAGAAUCAGGUAUUCCUGGCUCUGCAGGAAUGGUAUCAGACAGACACGUACAACCUCUACCAGUCAGAUCCACAAGGAGUCUAUUACUCCAUUGUGUUGGAGAACGUCCGUAGCACCAAGCAGCCUGAAGAGAAUGUCCUCAUCGACAUCCUAGAGGUUCGUGGCAUCAAGGGCGUAUUCUUAGCCAAUCAAAAAGUAGAUGGAAAAGUGAUGACUCUCAUCACCUACAACAAAGGCAGAGACUGGGAACCACUGGCUCCUCCCACAACUGAUAUGAAUGGCAAACCUGUCAGCUGCAAGCAGCCUGACUGUCACCUCCAUCUCCACUUGCGAUGGGCUGACAACCCGUACGUAUCUGGAACAGUCCACACUAAAGAUUCUGCCCCAGGCCUCAUAAUGGGUGCAGGUAACCUUGGCUCUCAGCUGGUUGAAUAUAAAGAGGAGAUGUACAUCACCUCAGACUGUGGCAAGACCUGGAGACAGGUUUUUGAAGAAGAGCAUCACAUUCUUUAUCUGGAUCAUGGCGGUGUCAUUGUGGCCAUUAAGGACACCUCAAUCCCUUUAAAAAUACUCAAAUUCAGCAUAAAUGAAGGACAAUCGUGGAGCAUCCACAACUUCACCAGCACUUCUGUGUUUGUGGAUGGACUUCUGAGCGAACCUGGAGAUGAGACACUGGUUAUGACGGUAUUUGGCCACAUAAGUUACCGUUCGGAUUGGGAGCUGGUGAAGGUGGAUUUCCGACAGUCAUUUCCCAGACAGUGCACAGAAGCUGAUUAUGACUCCUGGAAACUCACUGACCUACAGGGAGAGAAAUGCAUCAUGGGCCAGGAACGAAUGUACAGGAGGAGGAAAGAGUCAUCGUUUUGCAUUAAAGGGAAGAGCUAUACAUCAGCUUUAACAGCUAAACCUUGCCAGUGCACAGAGAAAGACUUUGCCUGUGACUACGGCUUUGAGCGUGCUCCCAGCCUCAGGUUAGAGGGGGAUCGCUGUUAUCCUGAUUUCUGGCAUGAUCCUGACGCUCCACCUGAAAACUGCCAUUUAGGACACAGCUACAAGUCCAGCACAGGUUACCGGAAGGUCAUCGCUAAUGUUUGUGAGGGUGGCUUGAAUAAAGAACAGAGCGCAAAGCAGCAUUCUUGCCCUUUGCUGGCCCCUAAAGGCCUUCAGCUGGGCAUCAAAGGACAGAUGCUGGCCGUGGCACCUGGUGAUGACAUCACCUUUGUAGUCCAUCAGGAACAGGGUGACACCACCAGAACCAGAUAUCAGGUGGAUUUAAUGGACGGCGUCAGGGCUAUAUAUGAAAACCUGACUGUCACAGAUGAACCCAUUCAGCACCGUUACGAGAAGCCAGGUGUUUACCGUGUCAAUGUGAAGGCUGAAAACUCUGCUGGACAUGACCAAGCCACACUUUACAUCCAGGUCACAGCUCCUCUUCAAGAUGUUCAUCUGGAGGUGGUCCCAAUCGCUGGCAGAAAUCAAGAAGUAAAUCUCACAGCUAUAGUGCUGCCCACUGAGGCAAACCUUACAGUGUUUUACUGGUGGAUUGGAGAUAACCUUCAGCCAAAGCUGACCCUGGAGAACAGUCUGAUUGCAAGGUUCUCUGAGGAGGGGGAAGUUCCUGUGACGGUUCAGGCUUCUAAUGGUCGAUCCAUGGUACAGGACAGCAAGACUGUCAUUGUCUAUGAUCAAUUCCAGAUCAUCCCAUUGAGUUUCAGUCGUAAUUUAGAUCGCUUUAACCCAAACAUCCCUGAAUGGAGACAAGAUGUGGCACAAGUCGUAACCAAGAUUCUCGCUAAGCUCACGGGGGUUCCUCAGGACUCUUUGGUUACCAUGGUGAAGCCCGGUCUUCCCACCACUGCAGACCUGUAUGUUCUUCCUCAAGAGAGCACACCAGUGAAGAGGAGUGUGUUUGUGGAUAAGCGUGUUCCCACCAUAAAGCAGGUUCUGAGUGAGAACAACGUGAGCUUCAUUGUGAGAGGAGGGUUAAGAGUAUUGGUGACUCUGGCAGACUCGGAUAGAGGCUCUGGUUUGGCUGCAGCAGGUCCAGGUGUUUGGGCUCUAGCUGUCUUUCUCCUCAUCAGUCUGAUCUCUGCUGCAGCAUUCAUACUCUUCAAAUUUAAAAGGAAAAACUACAAAAACCAUGGUUCCUUGCUGAGGCCAGAGGAGAGCAGCCUAACGCGUCCCUGGCUGCGUUUCAGAAAACUGCCAGGACGAAACGUCUAUGCCCAGAUGCACAAUGAGAAGGAGCAGGAAAUGACCAGCCCUGUCAAUCACAGUGAGGACACGCAGAAUAUCAUUCAAGGCGAGGAGUUCAUUGACGACGACCUUGACUCACAGACACUAGGCAACCACUCAGGGGUGGUGUUGAGCAUAAAUUCAAGGGAGCUGCACAGUUAUCUGACCAGCUGAUGACCAAUGUAAAGGUGCCAGAGAUGAGCACAAUAGACUAUGCCUUCCUCCUCUCUCCAGAUCUGACCCUUCAGACACCCUUACAGGAGAGAGAUCAGACACACCUGCACCAAACCUUCUCCUCCUCUCUCUGUCUUCUGUUCCCCCAAUCCAGGAGGUGGAUUUUGUACCCAUCUGCUGCACCCUGGCUUCACUGAUGAUCACAUACGCUCACGUACAUGUUCUUGUCUGUUGAUCUUUGCACCCUGCAGUCUGUCUCAUCCCUGUCCACCUUCUCUCUCAUUUCUUCCCAUUAUUGCUCUUAUCACAGGAGCAUCAAAUCAGCCCCACUUACUAAUUCCCAGGGAGAAACUCAUUGACAAAUGCUUUAUUUUCCAUCUUGUGUUUGUUUUGUGCCUCUCCUGUGUUUUGUCUUUCAGUCUGAAUAGUGUUUUGACUCUCUUAGGCCAUGGAGGUGUUGUGGUCACUGUAAAACUCAGACUAGACGGAUAGGUGAGUGAAAGCUGUGCAGAUGUGGUGCAGUGCAGGAUGCAAUACACAUUUCAUUCAGGGGAAGCAAUGUUUGUUAGAUGUAGCCAAAGGGAAAACAUUUAAGAUAUCCUGUCACCCUCUUUUUGUUUUGUAUUGUAAAUGUCUUUAAAAGAAAUUUUAGUUGAACCCAUCAAUUUUCAUAUGCAAUAACACAUGACAUCUUUACAUCAGUAACUAAAUCUAUUCUUUUGCCCUGUUUCAUGAUUAUGCUAUGCAGUAAAGUCAAGUAAUUUUUGUCUACGUCUGAUGCUGCAAUAUCUCAGUGAUGUUUUUCUUUUCCCGUUCCACAUCAAUAUCUAUGGUGCAAUUAAUAAUGGUGGUGAUGAUGUAAAAUGUAUUAGCAUUGAUCACACUGACCCAAGAAAUGCAAACAAGCGUGUUUAUAGCAAGCAAAUAAUGUCGAAAAGGCAGGAGCAAAAGAUGAUAUACCUUUCUUGCUACUGCCAAAUCAGCACAGCUGGAACCUUCUUAGUGUUCCUGGAAAACCUGCACCAAUUAUCAGGAUCGUCGCUUAAAUUUACAAGGCCCGGGACGUCGUUUUGUGGGUGUCCUCACGAUAAGGCCUGGGACAUUGACUCUUUGCCCCUUGAGCCUUAUUCCUGUCUGUUUUCUUCAAGAACUACAUUGCCAAAUUCUCAUCUUUCAGAUUAUAGUCCAUCUUCUAAAGUAUCUUCACUGCAUAAUGAAACGAUAUCCCCUAGCGAAUCAAAUCCCAUCAUUCAUCAUGUCGAAAUCCUUUGUGAAAGCUAGCUAAAUUCAUAUGCUCGUUUAUUUAUUUUACUUUAGAUUUCCUCACAAGCAUCAGCCAUUAGAUCUUGAUAGGGAGUCGACACAGGAUGAUCCCCAGCAUAGCAAGUGCUACCUGUCAGGUGUAGUGUGUGUAUAAGCCUAUAUUAGGUGUAGAAGGACACAGUUGCAUUCCCUUUCGUUUGGCUUGUAUUGUAUAUAUAACAAUGUGUAAAUAGAACCUUCUGUAUAUAGACCCUCCUAAAUAUGACACUUUCAAUAGACCAAAAUGUGCACUGUUUUCUCCCAAAUGCCUCGCACUGGGUUUUCUUGAAUUCAGGAGUUCUACACGGACAUGAUUUGAUCACUUCUGCAUCUUUGUCUUCAUCCAGCAUUGUUUACUGAAGGAUAUUCUUAAUAUUUCACACUAUGUAUAACAUUCACACUCGUACGACUAAAGAACUGUGUGAGAAGUGGUGCGCUGUCUUUGUGUGCAUUCUGAUUUUUUUUUUUUUUUGACAUUUUAAGGGUUCAGCUGUUUGAAUCGAGGCUGUAGGAAUUACUAGUGAUUUAUGGAUGAGGCUCUCUCACUUGCACUAAUCACAGUUCAUGGCUUGUACAGUGUUGUUCAGGUGGGUUCAGGGAACACUUCAUUUUCAACUGAGAAAGACACUGUGUAUGUUACGUCAUACUACAUGAGAGAGAAUCAGUUCAGGAAGGUGGGCAACCAUAUGUGCUCUUUUUCCCAGACAUGUCCUGGACCGGGAUUUCUCAAUUAAAAUGCCUGGUUCUUUGUUUUCCUAUUGUUGUCAUACUUGCUGAAGGUAAUGACUGAAAAGUAGUGGUCCAGGCAUUGGACGUAAUCGACCAGUUGUGGCGUGCAAGAAAUGGGAUCUACAGAGAAGUCAAAGCAAUGCAAAUAUGCAUACAUAUGAUGCAUGAGGGAGCGUGUAGAGAGCGUGUCAAAUGGAAAAUAAAGCCAAAACCCAGAAAUUUUAGACAAGUUUAGAAAUCCCAACCAGAAAAUGCCCAAAAGAAGAAAAAAAAAAUAGGAUGUACCGUCACCCUAUGGGAGGAAAUUCUUGACCAAACUGAUAGUUUGCAGGUUCACUGUCUCUUUAACACAUUCUGUUGUGGAGCAGACUGUGUCUUUCCAAGUUUGAUUCAAACAUUCACUCCGUUUUAUGACCGUCUUGAGUCAAUAGAUUCUCUUAGCAUAAACCAAAAAGAUUUACAUUUUUCAGUUUAUGCUUAUGUAUAUCAAUAACACAUACCUGUUCAUUUCUAACAGUAUGGACUUAUUGCACCAGAAGCUGAACUGGUUUUUUUAAACCUGUAUAUGCACAGUUAUAUAGUAGUGUGUCAUUUGUAUUUGUAUUUCCAUCCAUGAAGUGAUAAUGCAGAAACACAUGAGUGUUACUGAUGAGACAUCUCCCACUAAGAGACGUUUCUGCGCAAGUUUACUUUUGUGACGGCACACCCCUGCAACAAGGACACUUAUAUACACACCUGGAUCCUUUUUGAAAUUCAGAUUCAAAUGUGGUGGAGAGACACAGUUGAACUGAUUCUAUAUUAUUAUUAUUAUAAUUAUUUUUUGUUGUUG